GAGCUCCAGACAUGUUCGCGUUGACGUGACUGAAAUUCAGACGAUCGCGCGAUGAUCGUCACGUGGAGGUUCCUGUCCAUCUUGAGUCUGGUCAGUUACACAGAGUCCGAGUGCUUCUCGACAUCCUACUACAGGGACUGCUGGAUCCGGCGCUUCCCGGGACUGCACGUGGACCCGGAGGAGUCUCAGCGCAGAGGCGCGCAACUGCUGCAGCUUUACCGCGGAGACAGUGGACAGAACUGCAGCCGAGCCUGCUGCCUCUCCUCCAACUUCUCCUGUAAUGUGGCUGUGUUUCAUUACAACACCACUCAGGACAGUGUCAAUUGCUUUCACCUAUACUGCCCAACACUGGAAAGCUGUAUACUCCAUCAAAGGGCCAAUGUCAUCGUCUACAACGUUACCAAAGGAAUGGAUCCUGACCUCUUGAUAUUUGGGAAACCCUUCCCCUCUAAUGCCCAGGUGCACCCUCACCUGGCCUCACUUAACAUCUCUGACUCGUCUGGAACAGACAAACGUCAGUUCAACCGGCCUCACCUGGAGCCCAGCAGCUCAGCACAUCCAACUAUUCUUGCUACUACCCCCAAAGCAUCUACCAGUGCACCAACAUCCAGCUUUCCCAUCUCUACUCCUCCGCCACUUUCAGUUUAUUCCACCCAAGAUAACCAAGACACAUUUCCAGCUUCAGCAAUACAGCAAUCCACAGCCCUGAAGCGGUCAUCUCAGCUCAUUUCUACUCGUAUUAUUACCAAUCCUUCAACAGACCCUACCAUCAUUUCAACUACAAAGGCAUCCCCAGGUCAAAGUAGUUCCAUGCAACCCUCAAUCAGCUUUACUACCAGGAAAACAAGCUCAAUGCCCCAACCCACACAUUCUUCCAGUACCACCAUUACACCUUCACAACUAUCCAGUUGGCUCACAUCAAGCUCAACACCCUCUUCCCAAGUAGGUUUCCUUGGAACCACAAGUGCAUAUACUAUCAGCCAACCUAUAUCCAAAACCCUGCCAUAUUUAGUCAUUAGUACCGCCUUCAGUAGUGAUCAUACCACAACAACCACACUUGCCCCUUUCUCAGGUCCUUUGCAAAGUAGUACAGGAGAAAUUACAACCAUGUCUGAUCCCCUGACAAGUAGUACAGGAGAGCCUACAAGAAUGCCUGUACCCCUCAAAACUAUCGUACCAAGUAGUAUAGGAAUGACACCAACCUUGACGGUCCCUCUCUCAAGUACUUCACAAAGUAGUACAGAAGAGACUACAACCACAGUUUUCCCUUUCUCAAGUGCUCCACCAAGUAUUACAGGAGAGACUACAACCAUGCCUAUCCCUCUCUCAAGUAUUCUGCAAAGUAGGACAGGAAAGACUCCAACCUUGACUCUCCCUCUGCCAAGUACUCUGCAAAGCAUUACAAAAGAGACUAUAACCAUGCCUGUCCCUCUGUCAAGCAAUCCACAAACUAAUACAGGAGAGACUACAACCCGUUCUACACUUCCUACAACCCAGCUAAGCUCUGCAAGUUCAUCCCUAGCCUCAACUCCAGCAUUUACUCCAGUCAAAAACACAGCAGGUUAUGGAACUGCAACUACAGGACCACAACUGAUGACUAAUAGCGUCACAACCACCUCUUGGUCUUAUAAUCAGCCCAUAAACCCCCAAACAACAGCAUCUUCUCUGACAGAAAAAAAGAUCACUCCAUCCUCAACAACAGAUGGAGCUUCUCAAGAGUACAUCAAUAUCAACUUGGCUACCACUGAAGUUUCUGUGACCACUAUCAGCCCAACAACCUUAAACAGACCUCACCCAUCUGUGGCACCUUCAGAAACCAACUCUGGCCUACACACGUCACCAACACCCCCUACCAUUUUAGAGGACAGCCAGCCAUACCCCAACGACACAAAAGGUUACAUUAGCCGUAAUGUUACGACAGGUAACAGUCCACAGCCUGUGAGUGAUGGAGAAUUGACACAAGUGUGGCAUCUGGCAGCCAACACUGUCCUGGUAGCCUUGGCAACCUGUGCAGCCUUAGCUUGUGGUUGUUGUUGUUCGGUGUUGAUUGCAGCGAGUUGGAGAGGAAGGAGGAGGAGAAAGGGGAGAUACCAGACUACACUAAAAGGCAAGAAAGGCUCCAUGCGCCUCAUCAAAUACGUCUUUGUGAGGGAGAGCUCGUGAUUCAGGUUCCUGACACAUUUCGUCAGUAUUUGUGAGAUUUCAACCCUGCCACAUGAUCACAGUUACUCUAACUUGCAUAAAGGAACUAUCCAUGAAGUGCAUAAAUGUGUGUACAUUUCAUUUCUGUCCCAAAUAAAAUUAAUGUGGUCAUUGUUGUGUUAAAAAAGACCAAAAUGCAGUGGGUUCUUUAACCCUUUCAGGUUUUGUAUCAGUAUUUUUCAGUUACUAUUCACUCUUGUCCUUAACCAGGACAAUGUUAUGAGUAUUACCAGUAUAUUAUGAUGAAAUCUUAGAAUCUCAGACUCUGAAACAUCAUAACUGUAAUACUACUCAUAUGUCAGCAGCUCGAAUAAUCUAAUGAAUACAACUCAGUUCCAUAACUAGUGUCCUAAAUAAACAAACAAAAAAAAUAUGGAAGUGUUUGGUUUAAGUAGCAAACUCUAUCAAGAAACCAAAACCAGCAAAGAAAUCUUGAUGUUCACGUUAAGUAGUGUGAUGGGUGCUUCCAAGCAAGACCGCCAACAAGCUGAGUUUUGUUCUGUAAAGGCAGUUGGGCUUUAAGUGCUAGAAGCUGUUAAGAGUGGUACAGUCACCUGGGCUUGCUCUAGUUUUUGCUCAAAUGGAAAGAGCCGGAACUUUUUCCGAAGGAGUCGUGUUACUCUUUUCCCAUAACCCACAGAUCAGAGCAGAAACUAAAUGGUGCAACUGAGUUUAUUUACCAAGGUUUGUUGAAAGAAUUCUUUGAACAGGGUAGAGAUAGGGCAUUUACUUUUCUGAUUCUGUUGAGUCAUAUUCAUGCAUCGGGAGGUAGGAAUGUUUUGCCAAGCUGAGUGGAAAAAAAUUGUUUUUAAAAAUGAAUCAUACACUGCUUUAUUUAGAUGGAAUACAUCAAUC